CGUUGAAAAUUUGCGAGAAAAAUUAAGGAGUACAAAAGAAGAAUUAAAAAAAGUGGAAAGAGAUAACGAUUUAAAAGAAAUUCAAGAUAAAAUAAAUUUUAUAGAGGAACAAAUAGAACUUAGAGAAAAACUUCUUGAAAAGACAGUGCUUGAAGUUAUUGGCGAAAAGAUAGGUGAAUUACAGAAAAUAUUUCUAAAGUGUAAAAUUAUGUAA